AUGGACGCCGAGGAGGAGGCGGCAGAGGUGGCGAUGGCCGUGGGGUUGCCAGCGGCCCGGUUUAAGGAGCCGGUGACCUUUCGGGACGUAGCUGUGGACUUCACCCGAGAGGAGUGGAGGCAGCUGGACCCUGCCCAGAGGACCCUGUACCGAGACGUGAUGCUGGAGACUUUUGGACACCUGGUCGAUGUAGGGCCUGAGCUCCCCAAACCCGACGUCAUCUCCCAGCUGGAGCAAGGGGCUGAGCUGUGGGCGAUGGAGAGAGGACUUACCCAAGACCGUUGUCCAGCCUGGGAGACAGGAGCUGAAAACCAAGUGUCAGACAAGGACCCGAGCCUUCCUGAAGAGAAGUCACCUAGUGUCCUGGAAAAGAGAAGACUGCCGAGGGGUGCGUUCUGGCUUGACACACUGGGGGAGAAAUGGACCCGUGAGGGUCUCCAAAAGGCCCAGGAUGAUCUCAGAGCAGCGCCUACUCAGGACAGAGUCCGGGAAAGUCUUGGCCUUGGGCGGGGGAGCUGUACCCUCAGUUCUGGCCUUAAUGCGUUCGAGGAGAUUCCUCAGGGAAAAGAGUUCUGUCCUCAGGACUCCCCUGUUAACAGCUUGGAGCAGACCUCAAGCUUAAUUAGCUCCUCUGGGAGACAGCACUUUGAAAAUGAGGACUGCAGUGAAGUCUUUAGCCAGAGUGUUGAAGUUAUGCAGCUUGGAAAAAUUCAGGUGCAGGAUAAACCUUACAAAUGCACGGACUGCGGUAAGUCUUUCAACCAUAACGCUCACCUCACGGUACACAAGAGAAUCCAUACAGGAGAGAGACCGUACAUGUGCAAAGAGUGUGGAAAAGCCUUCAGCCAGAACUCCUCUCUAGUUCAGCACGAGCGAAUCCACACAGGAGACAAGCCCUAUAAAUGUGCCGAGUGUGGGAAGUCUUUCUGCCACAGCACACACCUCACCGUGCACCGGCGGAUUCACACUGGAGAAAAGCCGUACGAGUGUCAGUACUGCGGAAGGGCCUUCAACCAGAACUCGUCCCUCGGCCGCCACAAGAGAACACACACUGGUGAGAAGCCAUACACGUGCAGUGUGUGUGGGAAAUCCUUCUCGCGGACCACUUGCCUAUUCCUGCAUCUGAGAACUCACACAGAGGAGAGGCCCUAUGAGUGCAAUCACUGUGGGAAAGGCUUUCGACACAGCUCUUCCCUGGCCCAACACCAGAGGAAGCACGUUGGCGAGAAGCCCUAUGAAUGCCGGCAGCGGCUGAUCUUUGAGCAGACCGCAGCCCUGGCAAAGCAGGAAUGGUCAGACGCCCCUCCCAACCAAGACACACGGGACGACAGACCUUUUAAAUGUAGCCAGUGUGGGAAAUGUUUCAUUCAGAGCUCCCACCUCAUCAGGCAUCAGAUCAUUCACACCAGAGACGAGCCCCGAGGACGGAAGCGGCGUGAACCAACCAGUAACAAGAGCCCAUACCUCCUCCGACACCAGUACCCGCUCUCGGGAGAGAGCCCAGGGGCUGGUGCCAAGGCAGGACAGCCUGCCGGCCGGGCCCUUGGCAUGUUCGACAUCCAUGAAAUCAUGAAGGAGAAGAAGCCUGUGCAUGUCAUCGGGGGGGAAGAGACUCCGGUGGGUGCUUCCAUGCUGUUUGACAUCAGAGAGUCCACGUAG